ACUUGAAAAGAGAAUUGAGGAGGUUGGAAGUUGUGAUUCCAGUUUUCAUUUUCCGGUGUUUUGUGUGCAGAGCAGAACCCUCACACACUGCACCCGAAGAUCUAAGCUUUCUUCUAUCUCUUUCAAUUGCUCUUUUUCUUUAGGUCCAGUUUCUAUUCAACAUAAUAGUAAAAAAAAAGCAUUCGGCAACAACAAUGAGCAAUUCCUCUGCCGGAACCUCAUCAAAACCUAGAGCAGCUUCCUCACAACCAUCGGAAACUUCUUCCAAGCGCAAAAGAGGAGUUUUCCAAAAAGAACUGCAGCACAUGAUGUAUGGCUUUGGAGAUGAUCCUAAUCCGCUUCCUGAAAGCGUGGCACUUAUGGAGGACAUGGUUGUGGAAUAUGUCACUGAAUUGGUGCAUAAAGCCCAAGAUAUUGGAUCACAGAGGGGGAAGCUAUCUGUUGAGGAUUUCCUCUAUUUGAUUCGCAAGGAUUUGCCAAAACUUAACCGCUGUACAGAACUGCUGUCUAUGAAUGAAGAACUGAAGCAAGCAAGAAAGGUUUUUGAAUCAGAUGAAGAGAAACUGAGGAAGGUUUUUGAGGUAGAUGAAACAGUUGAAGGAUGAAUGAUGAAGAUUAUUGAACUGCACCGAUGCUGAAUUCUAGGAUGUUGCUGACCCGUUCUCACUUUGUUGGUUAUAUUGUAUUCCAUUUUGUUUAGGAUACUCUAGAUAUGAAAUUAUACUCAAUGUCCAUGAUUAAAUUGAAACUUUGUUUCAUGUUCGUACUCGAAUAUAAGGUGUACAUUGAUGAGAAAACAAAACUACCAACUCAUUUCAGUAAUUUACUUUACUUAAGUUA